AAAAAAAAAAAAAGGGAGAAAGUUAUGAUCACUUCCUAUAUAGAGGCAGAGCAGAAGAACGAAGAGUUCAUUAAUCGAGUGAGAUGGAAGAAGUGAAGGAGAAGGGAAAGGUAUGUCUAACAGGAGGAAGUGGUUAUCUUGGAUCAUGGAUGGUUACGAGGCUUCUUCAAGUUGGUUAUUCUGUUAACACCACUAUUAGGUCUCAUCCAGAUUGCAAAAAGGAUGUGAGCUACCUCACAAAUCUUCCGGGUGCACAAGAAAGGCUGCAUAUUUUUAAUGCUGAUCUAGCCAGACCAGAGAGUUUCAAAGCAGCAAUUGAAGGCUGCAUUGGGGUAUUUCAUGUUGCACAUCCAAUGGAAUUAGAGAACAAAGAAAGUGAAGAAAUGAUAACGCAAAGAUCUAUCGACAGUAUUAUAGGUAUUUUACAGGCAUGUAUCGAGUCAAAGACAGUUAAACGUGUCGUGUACACUUCUAGUGCAGCUACGGUUGCAGGUGGCAGUUCAAACAUAAUAGAUGAAAACUCGUGGACAGACGUAGAUCUUAUAAGAACCUUAAAGCCUUUUGCAAGUUCUUACACGAUUAGCAAGACCUUAACAGAAAAGGCAGCUCUGGAAUUUGCAGAACUAUAUGGAAUUGAUCUUGUGACUCUAAUUCCAACCUGGAUACAUGGCCCUUUUAUUACUCCUCAAAUUCCUGGUUCUGUUCGUUCAUCCAUGGAAAUGAUUCUAGGUCAUCAAAAUAAUUCGAUGAGUUAUCCUCCAAUUGUACCUUUUGUACAUGUAGAUGAUGUCACAAAUGCUCACAUCUUCCUUCUUGAAAAUCCUAAUGCAAAAGGGAGGUAUAUUUGUUCAGCUGUUGAAAUAACACGUGAAAAGCUAGCUGAGUUUCUUUCUACAAGAUAUCCUGAAUAUCGAAAACAAAUUAAUGAGUACACAGGGUCAAGUGUAGAACAACCUAAACACACUAGCCUUUCAUCAAAAAAACUUUUGGAGAUCGGAUUCAAGUACAAGUAUGGCCUUGAGGAAAUGUUUGAUGGAGCAAUCGAAUGUUGCAAACAAAAAGGCAUACUCUAAUCCCUAUGUAGCAAAUAGCAAAUACAACUUGGAAACCUCAUAUUAUAUGAAGCUCUUCCCUUUCCUUUUCUUCUAUUGUUUUGUUUCCAUGUACACGCAUAGACCUGAAUAAUUGGAAUCGUACAUUUUAGUGCUCUUUAAUUAAUCAAUGGUUCAAAUGAAUGGAGAAGAA